AGGGGCAGUGAUUAUAAACAAAUCCAUUCCUCGUAACUUGCUAAUUGGUUUCAUAUUUAGUAAAUUCUCGCCUUAUAUAAACCUAGUCAUAGGAGUCCCCUAAGGGAAAAGUCUGGAUGCUUGCACAGAUCACAUAACAAGACUGAAUUCCUGCUCAGGAAAACCUGCUUUACAUCUCAGACCUCCUUCCAAAGAUCCACAAAAGUUAUCCAAAGGGUGAGCCUGGACUUCCACUCUCCAAACAGCCAAAGAUGAAUAAAAUUAUUGUGUAUGAACAUGAAGAUUUUAAGGGACUCAGUAAAGAAUUUACUUCCGAUGUUCCUGACCUACGCAGUGUGGACUUUGGAGAUUGCAUUUCCUCCCUUAAGGUGAUUGGCCAACCUUGGCUGGUUUUCCAUGAUGCAAACUAUAAAGGUUUGGCCUUUGCAUAUGAAGAAGGUGAACAUCAACGCAUCAACUUAAAUAAUAAUAUUUCUUCUCUCCAGUUAGUCAGUGAAGAUUUGGAGAAUCCUCAGAUAACACUUUAUGAGCACCCUAACUAUGAAGGGGCAAGCAAAGUAAUAACAGAGGAAACCAACCUGUGUUAUGGGUAUUUCAAUGACAAGGCAUCAUCCCACUAUGUCCAGAAAGGUGCCUGGCUCCUCUAUGAAAAUGCGAAUAGAGGUGGUUGGUACUAUGUAGCUCGAGAAGGAACAAAGCUUCCGGACUAUGGUUCAGUGCUUCAUUUCCACGAUAAGUGUUCUCACGCAUAUCCCCUUCGAGGUGGCCAGCCUAUUAUCACUGCCAAGAUCUUAUGGGAUCGCAAGAAAGUGGAGAGUGAGAGGGAGGUGGUGGUUGAUGAGAUACAUUGUAUCAACACCACAGAAAUGGAGCAGACAUUCACCACCAGCAGCAGCAAAGUCUAUGAGGCAGCCACAAGCCACAGCUUCAAAUUAAAAGUCCCUAGCCUUCCAAUAAAUGAGAAGUUCAAUUUAAGCAUAGAUCCAAGCACCAACUUCACAGUAGAGAAAGGAAAGAUGGACUCUGUUGUUACUGUAAACAAAGUCGAGGUGACCGUGCCAGUCAAGAUUCCAGGAAAUUCGGAACUGAAUAUCCAGGUGAUCAUGAAGCUGAUCACUGCUUCAGUUCCUGUGCAGCUGAUCAUUAGCAAAAAUGGGAAAUCAAAGACAGAGAAUGGGGAGUAUCGUAGUGUGUCGGGACGCAACAUCAGCACCAAAUAUACAGUGAAAUCAACGAAAAAGGAAAGAGAGGCCCAGUAAACAAAAUGACCAUGCCAGCCAACACCCCAUCUUCAUUUAGAAACGAAUGUCUAAACGAUGAAAAUGAGGAUCAGAUUCAUGGUUCCUGCGGAGUAGGCUAUUACCCAAAAUGGGGAGAUGAGGCUGGACAAUGAAGAGUAUUGCAGCAUGUCAGAAUAUAACAGCGGCACUGAAUGUACUGCACUAUCAAUUUAGGAAUAUUAUUCUAGCUAACUCCUUUCUCUGUUUACCCUCCCCCACUUGCCUUAACCAGAUGUACAUAGAGGCAAUAAGUAAGAGUUUAUUGCCUGCAGUAUGCUUUCCCCCCCCAGCACUUUAAAGGCAAUUUUAAUCUCAAACCCACUCUUCUAAUUUUGCAUGUAUUUGUAUCUGGGUGGGAAAGUGGAAAAUCUGUUUUGUGUGUCUUAUUAUGGUUGGUUGAGACUUGAGUGCAAUCUGUCCUAGGCAAGGAAGUGUUUUUUGUUUUUGUUUUUUAAGACAGCCAUGUUUCUUCUCCCAUAAAAAGAGCAGGUCUUGGCAUUUGGAACAGGAAAACUCCUGAAACAAUAUUUUGUUGCAUGUUCCUUGAUCUGCUAGGACCACAUACAUUAAAGAUGCUACACCUGAUCAGACUCGUGAAGUUGGCAAAACCAUGAUAGUCUCACUUCACUGACAGAAGACACCCAACAGUCAGAAAGAAUUCAAGAGAAAAUACCUGUUAGGACAACAUGCAGGCUCAGUUAAGCCUCCACAACAACUCUGUAGUCUAGUUACGCUUCUUCAAUCCUAGCAUAUUUAAAACUAUCUUUAAAAACAUUUUCUAGGAUUAAUGGUUGCAGAUACACACUUGGUAAUGUUGUGAUGCUACAUUUAAGCACUCUGAGGAACAUACUUUUGCCAUAUUUGUAUCAUAAUUUUUUGCACCAUGUAUUGGGCUCUAAUUGCUGUCUGGAUGCUUUUCUGAUUAAUAAAAUAGAC